CUAGGCCUGGCAACCCUAAACCAGCAACGCCAAGUUGAAGCAUGUUUUCUUGAUCUUUACCGGGUAAAAUGUAUUUAAUUAUAUAAUUCAGCGGCAUUUGAAGCAAUGGAUUCCAUUGACACCACCAAGCGGAAGCCUAGACGCACUCACGGCACACCAUCCUUCAUAUACCGCAAUAGAUUUGCCUAUGCCCUGUUGGCCGCCGGAACUGUGCUAUUCGGAAUUUGGAGUCUGACGCCCAUUCAGCGUAUUGCCAACGAAAAGCUGUGUGAGGCGGUGGCUCAAACGGAACAGGAGCGCGAUCGAAAGGGUCUUUUUGAGUUUGGCGCUCCGAGGACCUCGAAAUUCAUUGAGGAGGCCAUCAAGGAAAGCGAGGAGCAGAGGAAUCUAUAAUGGAUCGCAAGACACGAAGA